AUGAUUAAAUUAUAAUAAUACACUAUAUAAUUAAUAUCAUAAAUAUAUAUAAAAAUUAAUCUACAAUUUUCAUCAUCACACUUCUCGAUCAAAAGUUAUGAUAAAAUUUAUGGAUUUGCAAUCCCUAAAAUAAAUUACCCUUUAAAAAAGAAUGCAUUAUCAAAAUAAUUAUUAAAUUGAA